CUGGCAUCCCACUCGCGUUGCCCACCCACCAUCACGCGCACCCCAAGGCCCAACUACUAAUAAAGCCAUCACCACACGCGCAUGCGCAGAGGGAUAGAUCAGUUUCCCUUCUCGCGAUCCAGCAAUUGCAAGUGUUCUUCCUUCUCGUUCCCGGUUCCAAGACCGCAUCUUUUGAGCUUCUUGUUUGGAGAGCAGCCGGAUCUUUUUCAGGAGGUUUCCGAUUUGCGCCGCUGCCCACUGGCCACUCGGUUUUGCGUGUCGGUGACGUUUCCCUUAUCCGGAGAUGUCUUUUCGGAGUAUGGUUCGUGAUGUAAGAGAAAGCUUUGGUUAUAUAUCGAGGCGUAACUUUGAGGUGAGAAUUCAUCACAGAGGGAAGUCUCUUGGAAGUGACCUGCAAGACGGGCCUAUGGUAAUUCAGCAAAGCAGAUGGGCUAGCCUUCCUCCUGAGUUACUCCGCGAUGUGAUGAAAAGGUUGGAGGAAGAUGAGAGUAGCUGGCCAUCCCGUAAGGAUGUUGUUUCUUGUGCCUCUGUUUGUACAACCUGGAGGGACAUGUGUAAGGAUAUAGUGACAAGUCCAGAAAUUUGCGCAAAGCUCACAUUUCCAGUAUCACUUAAGCAGCCUGGACCACGAGAUGGAGUGAUCCAAUGUUUCAUAAAAAGGGACAAAUCAAAACUGACGUACCGUCUCUACUUGUGCCUUAGCUCUGUGACAAUGGUGUAAAAGAAAUAUUUGGCGGAAAGAUUUUAAGUUACAUUCUGAUACUAUAUGAAGAACAAAAUAGAAUGGUUUCAUCAGAUGGUACUAGGGAUGCAACACACUGAUAAUUUGUGCUGGAUCUUGUAGCUGUGCUUGAUGAGAACGGGAAGUUCCUACUAGCUGCCAAAAGGAGCCGGAGGACGACGCACACGGACUAUGCCAUUUCUAUGGAUUCAAAAAAUUUCUCACGAUCGAGUACUGGAUACAUUGGGAAGCUGAGGUCAAAUUUCCUUGGAACCAAAUUCAUCAUUUAUGACACACUGCCUCCAUUCAACGCUGGGAGGCUCUGCUCACAGGAACGGCCCCCUAGCCGUCGGUUCUCUUCCAGGAAAGUCUCACCAAAAGUUCCAGUGGGUAGCUACCCCAUCGGACAGGUGAACUAUGAGCUGAAUGUGCUUGGCACCCGGGGGCCAAGGCGGAUGCUAUGCACUAUGCAUUCCAUCCCAGAGUCAGCUGUAGAGGCUGGCGGUGUUGUGCCAGGGCAACCGAAAGAGCUCCUUCCGAGGUUAUUCGACGAGUCCUUGGGCAGCACAGCAAGUUCCUUGUCCAAAUACUCCAUCGCAGAUAGCUCCAUGGACUUGAGCAGCUGUCGGUACUCCGAGUGCGGUGGAGGAGGUGACGAUGCAGACAAGGAGAGGGAGAGGCCCCUGGUUCUGCGCAACAAGGCGCCGAGGUGGCACGAGCAGCUGCAAUGCUGGUGCCUCAACUUCCGUGGGCGCGUGACGGUGGCAUCAGUCAAGAACUUCCAGCUGAUAGCUUCGCCAGCUUCAGCAGGGGCUUCGGCGCAGCCCCAGGCGGCGUCGGGUCCGUCAAGCCACGACACGGUGAUCUUGCAGUUCGGCAAAGUUGCAAGGGAUAUGUUCACCAUGGACUACCGGUACCCGCUGUCAGCUUUCCAGGCCUUCGCCAUAUGUUUGACCAGCUUUGACACGAAGCUGGCCUGUGAAUAGAAGAUGAGAUGGGUAGGAAGGAAGGGUAGCAAUUAGAGCAGGAGGUAGCAGUGUGAGAGUGUUUAGUGUCUGUAGUAUGUGAUAAGCAGAGCAUUCAAGUCUGUCUUGUUUGGUGAGGUGUGCUUUGUGAAGCCUGAAAAUGACUUUGUAUAUAUGUAGUGCCUUUGCGCUGGGAAAAUCUGAAAAUUUGGUUGGUGUUUGGAAUGA